GAAACCAUAUAAAUGUUCAGAGUGUCUGAAAUGUUUUAGUAAUAAAAACAGUCUUGUGACACAUAUGAGAGUACAUACAGGAGAGCAACCAUAUAAAUGUUCAGAGUGUCUGAAAUGUCUUAGUAAUAAAAGCAGUCUUGUGACACAAUGAGAAUACAUACAGGAGAGAAACCAUUUCAAUGUUCAGAGUGUCUGAAAUGUUAUAAGAAAAAAAACAGUCUUUUGACACAUAUGAGAGUACAUACAGGAGAGAAACCAUAUCAGUGCUCAGAGUGUCUGAAAUGUUUUACUGAAAAAAGCAGUCUUGUGAUACAUAUAAGAGUACAUACUGGAGAUAAACCAUAUCAAUGUUCAGAAUGUCUGAAAUGUUAUAGUCAAAAAAACAGUCUUGUGUCACAUAUGAGAGUACAUACUGGAGAUAAACCAUAUCAAUGUUCAGAGUGUCUGAAAUGUUUUAGUAAUAAAAGCAGUCUUGUGACACAUAUGAGAGUACAUACAGGAGAGAAACCAUUUCAAUGUUCAGAGUGUCUGAAAUGUUAUAAGAAAAAAAACAGUCUUUUGACACAUAUGAGAGUACAUACUGGAGAUAAACCGUAUCAAUGUUCAGUGUGUCUGAAAUGUUUUAGUAUAAAAGGCAAUCUUGUGAUACAUAUGAGAGUACAUACAGGAGAGAAACUAUAUCAGUGCUCAGAGUGUCUGAAAUAUUUUACUGAAAAAAGCCAUCUUUUGACACAUACGAGAGUACAUACUGGAGAUAAACCAUAUCAAUGUUCAAACUGUCUGAAAUGUUAUAGUCACAAAAACAGUCUUGUGGCACAUAUGAGAGUACAUACAGAAGAGAAACCAUAUCAGUGUUCAGUGUCUGAAAUGUUUUAUUGAAAAAAGCAAA